AUGUCUUCGACAGUUGUUUCGGCACCCGGCAAAGUUCUCUUGACGGGCGGAUAUCUAAUACUUGAUAGGAAUUAUGAGGGACUUGUAAUCGGAACAAGUUCUCGCUUCUAUACUGUAAUUCAACCUGGUGACAAUUCAUCAAAAAUUAUUAUCCACACUCCACAGUUUGACGACCCAAACUGGGAUGACAAGGAUAGACGUAAUACGUUUAUUGAGACUGUCCUAAAACAUAGUUUGUUAAUUAUUGCAAACCGUAUUUCCAGUCAAAAAUUCGAUGAAUUAAUCCUUAAAGGGUUAAAUAUCUAUAUGGCUGGCAGCAAUGACUUUUAUUCGCAACGUGAACAACUAAAAAAUUUGAAUUUGCCUCUUACCACCACAUCAUUACGUGCACUGACCCCAUUCUGUAAAGUCCAUACCCUCCUUAAACAAGUUCACAAAACGGGUCUUGGUUCAUCGGCAGCACUAACAACUUCCCUGGUUGCAGCUUUAUUUGUUUAUUUCGAAUGCGUUGAUAAAGUUAAUGAUGAUGUCAAGGAAAGAACGUUAAUUCAUAAUGUAUCACAGUUUUGUCAUUGUCUUGCUCAAGGCAAAGUUGGAUCAGGGUUUGACAUUUCUGCCGCCGUUUGGGGAAGUCACGUGUACAAGAGAUUUUCGCCAACGAUAUUGGAACCAGUAAUGAAAAGCGAAAAUGUUAGUAUAGACGUUCUCAGCAAAAUCGUCGAUCCAGAUUAUAAGUGGGACAAUCAAAUAACGCCAUUUGGCCUUCCUCCGGAAUUUAAGAUGGUUCUUGCUGAG